UCCGGGUUACCAAACGCACACUGUUGUCCUGUGACGGCAGAAAUCGUCUGAUUGAUUUGUCUGAAAUUAAUAUUUAUAGUAUUGCAAGACAAAAGAAAUGUCUCGCAAGGCAACAAAUGAAGAUUUAUAUCCAUACCAUUGGUUGGUUUGGCAUAACGAGGUGCAGUCCCUCCGCAGAAAGCUGUCUGAACUUGAUGAUAUAACGUUACAGGAAGUUCUUGAAGCUAAAGAUCCUCGUGGGAGAACACCCCUUCACCUAGCAGUAUCCCUCGGCCACUUAGAGAGUACUAAACUUCUGCUACGUCAUGGGGGACUUGUCAAUGACGUGAACCAGGAUGGAUGGACAGCCCUACAGGAGGCCGUGACUAGUGGUGACCCCGAGAUAGUACAGUCGGUUUUACAGCAUCGUGAUCACCAACGAGCGACAUCCAGAAUUGGUGGUAUUCCACAGCUUCUCAAUAAAUUGAAAUCGGCUCCAGAUUUCUACAUUGAAAUGAAAUGGGAGUUCACAAGUUGGGUUCCCCUGAUGUCCAGAAUCUGUCCUAGCGACACGUACAAAGUAUGGAAAAGUGGACCUAAUGUACGAAUCGAUACAACUCUUAUUGGUUUUGAUAAUAUGAAUUGGAUCAGAGGCAGUAGAAGUUUUAUCUUUAAAAAUGAUGAGGGCAGCAGAUUUAGCUUUGUGGAAGUAGAUCAUGAUCGUCGAGUUCUGUACACGGAAACGUUGGAGCUUCAGGAACACCAUCAAGUGUGCAAUAUGAUCCCAUCGGAAGACAGCAUCGCCGCACGGUUGACCUCGCCAGUUACGAACACCUAUAUUGACACCGAUAAAAUAGAGUUUACAAGAAAUAAAAGUGGCAUUUGGGGUUGGAGACAUGACAAAGUUGAGAAUGUUAAUAAUUUUGAGUGUAAAGUGUUCAGUGCUGGUAAUGUUCAACUAGUAACCAAGACAAGAACAGAACACUUAACAGAAGCAGAUAAAGAGAGAAACAAAGCUGAGACGGCCAGUAUACCAUUUGCAUCACCCCUCCAGUCGUUGCUAGGGACAGCAGAGCAACAACAAGAAGAAAUCAUUGGAGAAACACCUGAAGUUUCACAAGUUAUCAACCCAUCUAAUCCAUCGGAUAUCAAGCCGGAAGAUUAUUUUAAUCCUGACUUUGACAUCUCCGGCCGUGACAUCGGUCGACCGAAAGAAAUGACAACCAAAGUACAAAAAUUUAAAGCUACACUAUGGUUGAGUGAAGAGCACCCUCUAUCGAUGCAGGAACAAGUUCUACCAAUUAUUGACCUCAUGGCAAUCAGUAAUGCACAUUUUGCAAAACUCCGAGAUUUCAUCACACUGCAACUACCUUCUGGUUUUCCUGUUAAAAUAGAGAUACCACUUUUUCAUAUUCUAAAUGCAAGGAUAACAUUUGGAAACUUGUACGGUUUAAAAGACCCAGUUGAAGGUGUUCUGGCUCUGGACGACUCAAAAGAUACGGACGAAGGCAGCGAGGUAGAUGAGGUUCCAGGUGCCAACAAGAAAUGCAUUGUAGAUGAAGCUAUAUUUGAAGCACCUGCAGGCUAUAGCAAGAUAAGAACCGAUCAAGUACGCUAUGAAGAUGAUGAGAUGCUACAAUUUGCCAUACAGCAAAGCUUACUUGAGCAGGAGAAUGGUGGUAACAAUCUCAACUCUUGGGAGCAAGGUGAUUCAGUUAACCGCGUAGUAAUAGGUCAAAGUGCAGAAGAUGAAAUUCUACAGAGGGCAAUACAAGAGAGCCUACAAGAGUCACGUCCAAAUGGCUCAAACCAGAACACCACAACUCAAGGCCAGCAGAUGUGCAAUACCAAUGCAGCUAGCAUGGAUGAGCAGAUGCUGCUAGCCCUACAGAUAUCCCAGCAGGAGCUGGAUGCACAGGAAAAACAACGCAAAGAAGAGGAGGAUGAACUACAGAGGAUUAUAGCACUUUCACUCACAGAGAAGUAGCAAGUUAUAUGAUUGGUUUAAAGAUUAUACUUUUGGAAUAUCACCUAUAUUUGUCAUCGUUAUGCGUGGGAAUUUUUUUGUUUUGAAGGCGUUACAAGAAAAUACAUGUUAGCAAGGGAGACAAGCCAGGUAUUAAAAUUGGUAUGAUCAUUAAUAUGAACCUUAAAUCAAGUACAGCACAUGUAAGAUCCAGUUCCGCAGCUUGAGGCAUGGCCGAUAAUGGUCUGAUCGCAUGACAGAGAUAGUGGUUUGUUCACAUGACUAGUCAUGUGAUACAUAAUUAUUUGUAGAAAUAGCAAAAAUUGGAAUUUAACAUAUUGCUGUUAAAGGUAUCAUGUGAUCAGGCAAAAAGUGGUUGUAUGUUUGUGUUGCUAUGACAAUGGAGGAACAUACGACAUGUUUAUUAUAAAUGACCAAGUUGAACAUUUUCUUUUUGUAAUGAUGUAAUGAUGAUGAAUUUUGGCAGUUGCAAGACAUUAGGUCAUGUGAUGUGAGGGAAUAUUUCCCUCUGUACUCUCUACUAUUUUUAUCAUCUGUUGUUUCUGGCUCAAUCCUAAUUCAAUAUUUGCUAUUCUCCCUUAAACAAAAUUGGAGGGUAUUGAGCUCAAAUCCUGAUGGAGAUGAUGCAAAAUUCUGAAAAAUAUGUUUUAAUUUUCCUUUGAAAAAGUUCAGUUCAGCCUCUCUAAGGUCAAAGGUGAAGUGUUGUUCACUGUUUACCUCAUGAUGAGUAGUAAUUUUAAUGCAAAUCCAUUGUUUUGUUUCAAAUUUGGAUUGGAAAUGAAAUUCAUAUGAAAAAAAAUAUGUAUAAGGUAUUGUAUUAAUAUUAGUUAUCCACCUUUUUAAUUUACUUUCAAUUGGUGCAAUUAUAAACUGGUUUAGUUUUAAAUAAAAUAUUUAUAAAAUUAAUUUAUUCAAAUUAAUACACACUCUGUUUUAAAUUGCAUUAGCAUAAACAAUAUAUAAUUUUAUAUACUGUAGUUAUUUUUAAUUUUCAUCCCACUGUCAAAUCUAUAUUUAUUUUUGAAUGGUUCACACUACCUAUUUUUUAUGUUACAAAUAUCAGUGAGUUGCCCAUAUUUAGGCGUGAUGUCCAGUGGGGGAUUCAAGGGGGUUGGGGGAGGAGCCAGCCUGAGCACCGACCCCCUAAAUUUUUCAAAAUUAUAAAUAUUUAAUUAUAAUCAAAUUUAAGUCUGAGAGUGUCAUUUCCAGCCAUCUAGAGGUGCCAUAAAUAAUAAAUUUUCUUUCCUCAGCUCCAACCAUGGUGGGGCUGAGGUGGGUGAACCCUCUAUUUGUAAAAGUACCUCCCUUGGCCCCCCUCUAUUUCAAAUUCCAGGAUCCACCACUUUUGUCACAUCAUGGUUAUAUCAUAUUAUACUCAUGUGGCAAAUCGCUGGUAAUUGUCCCAUAAAAUUUGAUGCGGUGUACUGAUCUGUAGAAAUAUUUCACGUUUAAAGGUAUUGUCUGCUUUGACAAAUUUGAAAAAUAAAUUCAAUAUUUAACUUGCUUAUUUGUAUAAUAAAGUAAAUUAUUAGCUUUAAAUGAGAAAAUAUUUUCAAUACCAUGUAACAGAUGGAACAGUUUCUGCACUCUUUGCACAGACCCACCCUUACGGCCGUUCCAAGGCAAAAACGACGCAACUUAACAAUGUAAGAGCAGUUAUGUUGUUUUGGGAUCUCGUCGGCCUACAACCGUCAGAUGCAGUGAGUACUCAGCCUUAGACUGUAAAAAUGGGUGGGGGAGCCAGGUUCCUCGAGGGAGGGUCCCCCUGUAAGCCCAGCUUGCACCGUCACUGGCUUUGAUCUGCGUUGAUAACUUAUUAGAUCCUUUCCAAAUGACCACUUUAAUUUUCUAUUGAAUUUUUGAAGAUUUUUCAUCAGAUUUCACAGACUUUUAUCUUUUAAGUUCAUUUUAAAAUAAUGAUUAUGAAUAAUUACAAAAAAUAUAAUUUUUUAAUGGUUGUAGUUUAUGAUUGUAUAUUUAUAAAAAUUGUUUGAAGAAGCCUUAUUUCAGCAUUAUUUUUAAUUGCUAAUAAUAAUAUAAAAUAUAAUAAAAUAAUAAUAAUGCUUCAGUAAGGCACUUCACAUGUGGACUGGUAGUACUUAGACAUCCUUCAAUAAGUUAAAUAUUACAUCCUUGCAGUUUGCAUCAUGCUGGAUGGAUGGAUGGUAGAAGUUUUUAUUGUGUUAUGUACAGUAAUUUGGAUGUAUUGUCAUAAUUUCAACUCAGUUGCCAACCGCAUGAAUGAUUAUCAUUAACAACAUAAUCAUCAUCACAUCAUAUUAAUCAUUAGAAUCAUCUCCAGAAGAUGAUGAUCAUAACCAUCAUUAUCAUCAACCUCAUCAUCAUUAUCACUGUCCCGAUCACCAUCAUUUAUCCUCAUCAUCAUAAAUCAUCACAUUUUUCAUUAUUAUUUUUGUAAUAUGGACAAUCGAGCUCUAUGCACACAAUCAGUAGGGAGCUUUCGAUUGCAUGACGACGGUAGAACGUAAUGACGUCACUAAAAGUCAUUUGUGUAUGCGAGAACGUUAGGGUCACCUCAUCGAGUAGAUUCUGGAACGCAAUUUGGCCAAAUCUGCAUAUGCAGAACGCAGAACGAUAGGUAGGACAGUCACGCAUGAGUGAUUCUGUUCUAACGUCGCGUCGAAAUCUCCCUAAUUUUUAUAUGUCAAAUGUGUGUGAUUUGCCCAUAUAUGGGCAAGAGGAUGUCACACCCAUGAGCAAAUUACAAAAAAAUAUGACACUUACAACUUUGUGAACAGAACUAGAGAUUUCAGAAAUACUUUUGUGUUUGAAAAUCAUUGUCUUUUUAAUAACUAAUCAUUGUCAUCACAUUGUUGCUACCAAAACAAAUGAAUUCUGGGGACUACUAAGAACAGUUUUCUUUUUCUUUUUUUUAUGAGAAAUGAUUUUAGUGGCAAACAUUCAUGUCACCUGUAUCUGCUAAAUGUAGGACAUGAAAUAUGAGGGAAAGUGGAAAAGUAUUUUGUUUAGUUAGUGAUCUAAGUGACCCAGCAACAGGGUAAUACCCUUGGGGAGGGGGACUUUCCUUUGUGCACUCCCCAGUUGAGAUGUACAAUCAUCAUAAAUUGUAUCUAUAUAUCAUUUUCUUUUGACCAUUUUCAUACUUGAAAAUGCAAAGUGCAAUAGUAGAUUAGUAACAUGCAAUUGGCAAACUUGUUACCUGUUGUAACUUGCACCACUAAGUUUAGGUGGAUAAAUAUUAGGAUUUUGCUAAAAAAAAAAGUUACAUUUCCAUCUUAUUUUAAGGUGCAUACAAUUAAAAUCUAUUAUAUAUGUUUAUGAAUUUUAUUUAUCUUUAGUAAUCUUGUAAAAUUAGAUUAAUUAGAUUAAUUUCAGAGUUUUCCCAUAGAAUUGGAACUUGUUUAUUAAAGGAAUGUACUGUAUACAUUUGUAAACUUUACUAGCAAAAGCUUUUAUGGGAAAUUCUAGGAUUUCUCCCGAGACUGAUUGUAGUAUUAGAAACUAACACCGGUAUGUAUUGUGGAAUUAUUUCACCAUACUUGGUCACUGAAUAGUGUAACAUACUGUAGGAAUAUGUUAAUCUUUUUUGUUAAUGGUUUAAAGUUAAUUUUGAAUUCAUUUGAAAAUGAAUUUGAGGUGGCAUGCAUGGUUUGAUAAC